AUAACCCUGAAGCCGGAUACCCUGAAACGAUGGGCUUACAGUAUGCACAGCUGCAGCAUGAUCGUUCAAGAUAUUGCAGACAUGUCGGAUGACAGUGGAGAGAAGGAGGUGACAAGUCACAAAGAAGAGAAGCCAUCACGCAUCACUUCUGAUGCCAAGGACAGAGACAAGAUACGAGAUAAACUUCUUACCUGCAUCGAUCCCCUGGAUCCCACUGGUCAUCCUGCCGGUUUGAUCAAUGUCGUGACUGGCCAGAUUGCACCUGAGACGGUGAACGCACAUGACGCAGUCGAUAUUGGCAAUGAUCAACUUGUGUCAUUUGAAAAGAGCUGGCCCGGCGGUUUUAACGCGUCCUUAUCCAAGUUGGUAGUGACCAUGGCAGCGAAGAGAAAGUCAGUAAAGGUGGGGAACAGUAAAGUGUAUGACACGAAUCUGAUCUAUUCACGGGUACUAGGGUUGCAACAGUCUCGAGACAUUGAUAUCAAAUCUGUCCUCGCGCAUGAAUUGUCACCCGUACCUACCUCAAUGUUUGAUGAUGAAGGCAAUAUGAGAAUCGCAACCACAAAAUCCACGCUGAAGAAGAAGCUGCAGGUGACUGUGUCACAGCGUUUGGUUGAGAAACCAGAGGUAGAGAUAUUGGAUGGCUGUGCUCUCCUUUGGGUUAUACACUGGCCCAAUCAAGGAACUGUGGCCGAUUUCGUCAACGCCUUCACCAAGAAUGUGAUGGAAAGGGUGGCCAACCAGGACACAUACCUGAUCUUUGAUCGCUACUUCGACUUCAGCAUUAAGAGUGGAACGCGGGCAGCUCGAGCAG